CUCUCCAUUACGCAGACGGUGCGUCUCUGCGCUGCGCACCGCUCCCGCCGCGUCCUCCUCCGCCACAACAACACACACAGCACGGGAGGGAGAGAGAGAGAGAGGGGAGGGAAGGAAGGCGGGGGGAAGUAAGAGAGGUGAGGAGAGAAGAAGGAGGAGAAGAAGAAGGAGAAGGAGAAGAAGAAGGUCCCGGUGAGGAAUUCUGGAAAUAUACGGCGUGAAAAUGACGAUGUCCGUCCCGGAGAGGAAAUCAGGAUCUGAGGGGAAGGAGGAGGAGAGCGAGGAUGAGAGCGAGAUCCUGGAGGAGAGCCCGUGCGGCCGCUGGCAGAAGCGCAAGGAGCAGGUCAGCCAAGGUAAUGUCCCCGGGGUGGAGAGUGCGUCUCUGGCCAUGGACACAGAGGAAGGUGUGGAGGUGGUGUGGAACGAGGUGCUCUUCUCCGACAAGAAGGUCUUCAAAGCACAGGAGGAGAAGAUCAAGGAGAUGUUUGAGAACCUGAUGCAGGUCGAACACCCAAACAUCGUCAAGUUCCACAAGUACUGGCUGGACAUGAAGGAGAGCCAGGCUCGGGUUAUAUUCAUCACAGAAUACAUGUCGUCAGGCAGCCUUAAGCAGUUCCUGAAGAAAACUAAGAAGAACCACAAGACUAUGAAUGUGAAGGCCUGGAAGAGAUGGUGCACCCAGAUUCUCUCAGCUCUCAGUUAUCUCCACUCCUGUGAUCCACCAAUAAUCCAUGGCAACCUGACGUGCGACACCAUCUUCAUCCAGCACAACGGCCUCAUCAAGAUCGGCUCAGUGUGGCAUCGGCUAUUUGUUAAUGUGUUCCCAGAUGCCAGUGUUCACGGUAAAGGGAGGCAACAUCGUGACGAGCAGAGGAAUCUGCAUUUUUUCGCUCCAGAAUACGGAGCCGGCGAAGAUGAUUACGCCAUAGACAUUUUCUCCUUUGGCAUCUGCGCUCUAGAGAUGGCAGUACUGGAGAUCCAGGCUAACGGAGAUACAGCUGUGUCCAAGGAGGCCAUCGUCAAUGCAGGUCAAUCUCUGGAAGACCCUCUCAUGAGAGAGUUCACACAGUCUUGUUUGCGUCACGAAGCCAAGCUCCGUCCUACAGCUCACGACCUUCUGUUCCACCGAGUUCUGUUCGAGGUCCACUCCCUCAAACUGCUCGCCGCCCACUGCCUCAUCAAUAACCAGUACCUGCUCCCUGAGAACUGUGUGGAGGAGAAAACCAAGUCCUUUGACCCCAGUGCUGUCAUGGCAGAGAUUAAACAUGAGGACAGACAGGGAGUUCAGCUCAAAUACUCCCACGUGUCUCCUUUGGAGCUUGAUAAGUUUCUGGAGGAUGUGAAGAAUGGGAUUUACCCGCUAAUGAACUUUGCAUCGUCCCGGCCUCAUCCCGUCCCUCGUGCCCUGUCCUUGUCUCAGGAGCAGGUCGAGACAGUCAAGACGCCGACUCCUGAACCCCAGGAGACAGAAACUAGAAAGGUUGUUCAGAUGCACUGUAAUUUGGAGUCAAAUGAAGAAGGGACCAAAACUCAUCUCUCGUUGUUUCUGAAGAUGGAUGAUAAACUUCACAGGCAGCUCAGCUGUGACAUCCUUCCAACUGACACCUCCAAAGACCUUGCCAGUGAACUUGUUCACUAUGCCUUCAUUAAUGAGGAGGACAGUGAGAAGGUGGCAGGGUUCCUGGAGGACGCCAUCAGCCGACACCGGGUCCGAGCGCUCGCCUCUGGGAGCACACAGUGAGGAGAGGGUCACAAAGAUGUCUGACCUGGACUUAAGGGGCCCGCGGUGUUGACCAUAAGGAUAAAGAAAGGGAGAGGGCAGGAUCACAUAGCCGGGAACAGAGGGGAGCCGACCCAGCUGGGGAUAAAAUGGGGACAAAUGCAGAAGGACGCUGGGCCUUGACAGUCAGUAAACCAUCCCAGAGAGAAAGAGGAGACACGAGCACUGACAGAGGAACUGAAGGCACCUCUGGUUGGACGACUAGAGGCAUCAUGGCUGUGUUCAGCAAUCCCACAAUGCAGUGGAAGAUCGACAAACUCCCUGCCUAAAAGGGCUAUCACGCCUUAAUAUAUUUUACAACUUAGGUUUUUCCGUAACGCCACUAAUCAGAAUGGAUAUGAUUUACUUUCAAAUCAGCAGCUGUGUUUGCAGAAACGUUUUAUCGCUCAUAAGCCUCAUCUGCACUUGGUGACGACUUACUAAAGCCUCUCUCUCCCUCCUCAGCCAGAACAUUCAUUUUAUUACUGUUUUUGGAAUUUUAUAUUCCAUAAAAACUGUACUGUUCAUACUUAUUUAUUUCUGUUUAACUGUGAACUAAGCAUCUAAUAUGUUUUUUUUAAUAUAAUCUGCAAAAUUAACACACCUUACUGAACUCUUGGGUUAAAGGCUCUUUCUCCCGGAGGUAAACACGCCAUGCCUACAUGUAAUGAUGAGAUGAUGCCUCUCUUUUAGCCUGUAGUGCUCUUAAGGGGUUUCCCUGUAAAAGAGUUCUGAAAGCCAAAGACUUGCAAAGUGCCUGAUAUGGCAAUGUACUUUGGACAAAGAUUUCCGAAUGAAACAAUCACAUCCAACUUGAAAAUUUUGAAUUCAACUUACUCAGGCUGACCAUUUUAAAACUAGAAAUAUUUGGGCGAGUUCCUGUCUCUUAUUCACAUUGUCACAAUAGGAGCAUGAACACAACACCCGAUAAUGGAAGCUCCACUAAGAGCUGCAGCCGCUGUAUAUUGGACAUAUGAAUUAGAAGAUAAUUCUCUCCGCUUCAGUCAAUAUUGGUUUUGGAAGAGCUGCUGCUUAUAUAAAAAAACAACAACUGGAAUACAUCACAAGAAGCCUGAGAUUUAGAGGCAUAGUCCUACGUGAAUGGGAGAAAAGCUUUUGGUGAUGCGACCUUGAGACUUAUCAAUACAAAUGCUAUAUUGUUAAUAAAUGUUACUGCUAUAGUUACUUUGCUGUAUCCCCCAAACCAUCUGAAAAUACUUUCUAACAAUGAAUUUGAUUUGUAAACAUGUCUCGAGGAGUGUGAAAGGAAAAAUCCACCCAAACGUUCAGAAAACUUAUGGUGCAAGUAGAGAAUAUCAAAAGGAGAAGUGUCUCAGCUCAUUGUUUUAAAAGACUACACAUACUCAUUAAACUGUUUAUUGACCCCUCGUGACUCAGCUCAUCAUAUCACUGUUUUCCACAUCUAUGGUUUUUGCACAGCUGAACUCUCAAAUGUGCAUUAAUGUUUGUAAUGAAGGAUUUUUGCACAGCAACCAGGAUACGAUAACAUCCCUCUCUAAGUAACAGUCUGUCUUGUGUUGUGUUCCUCACAGCUCACUCAUCACGUGUGUGUGAUUUCUGAACCUAUUUACUAUUUUCUCUGAAGUUACUGUUGCUAUUGAAACACUCAGCUGAACUCCGGCCAUCCGUGCCUCAACAAUGAAACCUCUUUCAACAUCACUUGGAACUUUUCCUUCUCCCAUCUUGAUACAAAAUCAAAAUUAACCAGAUUUAGCAUUUUCAUACAUGCCACAGAAUACGACUCGUGUUAACUGCUUCUUUGCAUCAUGCAGUGCAUCUGCAUUGUUUAUCUUUCUCCAAUCAUUAUUUCAUUUUUUUCCUUUAAUAGUUAAUCAAUUUAUAUUUAUAUCUGAAUGUCUAAGUACUUUUAUUAUACACAAGCAUUUAGCAUUUCAAUUGGAUUCUGAAACGUAGUUUCUGACAAAAUGUUCUGUAUGAGGCUCAUUUCCAAGAACAAAAUCUACUGUGCUUCUCUUUCAGACAAUGUCAGAGUGAACCUUGGAAUUGAUUGCACUGCAGCCCACACAAACACAAAAAUAGAGAACAUCUUCGGCUCUGUGAGAUUUGCUCGUAUAAAAGCUCAACAUUUGCACCAUAAAACAACUUUUGGAUGGAUUUUUCCUUCACAAAAAACAACAGUGAAUUGUUUCAUGAGUUUUCAGGAGAAUACUCUCAUUUGUCAGACUCACUUAGUUCUGCUUCAUUUGUUUCCCGCGUGUGUAAAGUGGCAGUUUCAUAACAGUUGCGCUGCUGUACAGUCAUUGCUUACAGUGCUUACUUACUAUACUCUGUGUCGAGCCUUUUUAUCAGCGUGUCCUUGAAGACAGGGGCCCUGAAUUCUCCCAGACAUUCACUUUCUAGAUGCCGUGGUGUACAUAUUUGUUUGUGGCUAUUAAAGCGGGGUUUACUCUGGACAGAAUUUCAAAGCACAGCAGUGCCAUUGUUCUCAUUUGAUCUUGUAAGCUGCAUGUCUUAAUAGCCUGCGACCAUUCAAAACUUAGCAUUUUGCCUUUUUCUCAGUCACAGUUUGGUUCCAGUGGGGACCUGACCAAGGAAAUGAAUGUUUAGACUGUGCAAACAUGACAAAAAAAAAAUCCAUAUCAGUCUUACAUUAUGUCAGAUUACUUUUGUUUCCUGUGACUCUGUUGAAUGAAACUUGCCUUUGGAUGUGUUCCACUUAAACCUUUGUUAAAUAUCGUUGGUACUGCAAUCAAUAACAUGA